CGUUUAGCUAAUGACAUGGCUUCGACACAUUCAUUUAGUUUCCUGUUGUCAUCCCUGGCAGUCGUGACCCUCGGCCACGUGCCGCGCUCCCCCAGCCUCCACUUGCGCCGGGAGACCAAGUCCUCGCUCGGCUACCCCAAGGACUCCCUGCUCAACUUCACCGAGCUCACCGCCGAGUAUGGAUACCUCUCCGAGGAACACAAAGUGCUCACAGACGACGGAUACAUCCUCACCAUGUUCCGGAUAGUGAAGGCCAGGAACUGUCACCGAGCGAAGAGAUCUCCCCCGGUGCUGCUGAUGCACGGCCUGCUGCAGAGCUCCGACUCCUGGAUAGACUCGGGGCCCGACGCUGGCCUGGCCUACCUCAUCUCCGACGCCUGCUACGACCUCUGGCUGGGCAACGUCAGGGGGAACUAUUACUCCCGGGAGCAUGUCCGCCUCGACCCUGACAAGGAUCCCGCUUACUGGAAGUUCUACAUCGAAGAGAUUGGCAUCUACGACGUGCCAGCGAUGAUCGACUAUGUGCUGGAUUACACGGGCUUCGAGAAGCUGAACUACAUCGGCUUCUCCCAGGGAACCGGCACAUUCCUGGUGAUGUGCUCCGAGAAGCCGGGAUACUGUGAUAAAGUGAAUCUAGUGAUUAGUUUAGCGCCUGCGAGCAGGCAGAUGCACACGCAGUCCAAGAUAUUUAGGACUGUGACGCAGUUUUUUUAUAGAAUGGAAGAUACGUUAUCAAGGGCCGGUUUAUACGAAGCAUUUUCUAAAGGUGGUCCCGGUCAAGAGUUUGCUGCGUUCUUCUGCCAUUUGUCAAGCGAGGCUGAGAGAUUGUGUGAGGAGGUCAUCUACGAGUUUGACCACGUGAACUCCUUGCACUUUGGCUCCAUUGCCAGUAAGACUAUAAGAGUCCUGUUCGGGCACUUCCCGGCGGGGACCUCCGUGCACAACAUGGCGCGGUACGGACAGAGCAUGAACAGUGGAAGGUUCGAGAAGUUCGACUACGGCCGGGAGCAGAACCUGGUGCUGUACGGUAGCGAGGAGCCUCCGCAGUAUAAUCUGAGUGCGACCACUGUGCCGGUGAUGUGUAUCUACGGCAAGAACGAUGGGUUAGUGGACACGAGAGACGUGGAGUGGCUCAUGGCUCAGCUGCCGAAUGUUCUGGAACUGGUGAAGGUGGAGGACCCUCAGUGGAGCCACUUGGACUUCACGUACAGUCAGUACACUAAGAAUACCGUAUUCCCUAAGAUUAAUGAAUAUUUAUUGAAAUUUUCAUACGAUUAGUUGAUUUUGCUCAGUACAAAACUAUUUAGUUGUAUUUAGUAUUAGGUAAUUUAUUUACUAUCUAUUUAAUUGGAUUGUUAUUGAAGACUUUUAACUGCAAAUCUUGAGAUAUUUUUCUAUUUAUUGAAUAUUAUUUGCAACGUGCCCGCUAAACACUUCAACAAAUAUAUGUAGUUCAUAUUCAAUGUCAUGUUACAUUAAUUUA